AUGGACACCUUCAGGGAGACCUUUCACAAGGUGGAGAAGAUUGGAGAGGGCACCUACGGCGAGGUGUACAAGGCUCGCAACAAGCACACCGGGCAGCUGGUGGCUCUCAAGAAGAUUUGCUUGGACGCGGAGAUGGAGGGUGUCCCCAGCACUGCCCUCCGAGAAAUCUCACUGCUGAGGGAACUGAAGCACCCCAACGUUGUCAGGCUCCUGGAUGUCAUACACGGCCAGAAGAAGCUCUAUAUGGUGUUUGAGUAUCUGAAUCAGGACCUGAGGAAGCACAUGGACUCAUACCAAACCGGAGAGCUUCCUUUAAACUUGGUCAAGAACUACCUGUUGCAGCUGCUGCAGGGCGUGAGCUUCUGCCACUCGCACAGCGUCAUCCACAGGGACUUGAAGCCACAGAACCUGCUCAUUGAUGAAGCAGGAACACUCAAGCUGGCUGAUUUUGGGCUGGCAAGAACUUUCGGGGUCCCCCUGCGCACAUACACUCACGAGGUGGUGACUCUGUGGUACCGAGCCCCUGAAAUACUGCUGGGAUGCAAAUACUAUUCCACUGCUGUGGACAUCUGGAGCAUUGGCUGCAUCUUUGCGGAAAUGGUGACCAGGAAGGUCCUGUUUCCAGGGGACUGUGAGAUCGAUCAGCUCUUCCGGAUCUUUCGCACCCUGGGCACUCCCACCGAGGUGACCUGGCCUGGGGUGACCCAGCUGCCUGACUACAAGAAGGAAUUUCCCCAGUGGGCAGGGAGGGAGAUGAAGGACAUUGUUCCCAACUUAGAUCGAGAUGGUAGAGACUUACUGGAGCAAUUGCUCUUGUACGACCCCAGCAGGCGCAUCUCAGCCAAGGCAGCCCUGGGUCACAGGUGCUUCAGGAGAAGCCCUCAGAACCACGAAGAGCAACGCGUGCUGCAGAGAUGCUGCCGAUGA